AAGUGAAACAAUCACAAAGCAAGGCCAAUUUGGCAUCCCAUACAUUACUAUUCCCCAGACUUCCCCCAACUCCAGCCCCAAAUUCCCUCAAUGUGUAGUGUAAGCCAACAUUACCUCCACCACCACUACUCCAACGCAGACAACAACUCACGCCAUCAUCAUCAAUGGCGUAAAGCAACACCAACACCAAAAAUCCUUGCGUGCACCAAACCAUAUAUAGGAAUUUAUUAACAAAAAGCAAAAUUUAAAGAAGAAAAUCCAACUUUAACCCAGCACUGUCAACACUAGUUUCUAAACACACACUGGUCGAAGCUAGGAGAAAAGUUAAACCUGGGAAAGCCCGGAGAGUUGUUGUUGGAAGGUAUUUUCAAUUGCAUCCAUGAGAUCACUGUUGCACUUGCUUUCGCUAGGAUGAGCGAUUCUUCCGCUUUUAGAGUUGAAACCACGUCCCGUCUUGCACAAUGGAGGAUCGACAGCUUGGCUUCAUGCUUCUACCGCAAGUCCGAUCCUUUCAAGAUGGGCAACUGGAACUGGCAUUUAUCUGUGGAAAAGCAUCGUUUGUUGUGUGUUAAGUUAUUCCCAGAGAUAUCGAAUAUAACAAAAGAUAAUCCCCCGAUUGCAUCUUUCAUCGUCCGAGUGGUCACUUCUGUUGGAGAUCGCAGGACCUUCACUCAUCCAGAGAUAACAGACAAGCAGCUCAAGAACAACGACGAUUUUGUCUGGGCAGUAGAGGUUCCAUUAGCUGGGAAAUUUAUCAUCGAUAUUGAGUUCCUUGACUUAAAGAUUGCAACUCCAGACGGUCGACAACCUUGCUCUAUUUGGGCUGACAGACUCACGGAGAAACGAUCCAAUGCGACAGCUCUUGCAUCUCUUGGUCAAAUGUUGACAGACGGCAUCCAUACAGAUAUUAGAAUUAAUGCCUCUGAUGGAAGCAUUGGAGCCCAUCGAGCUGUUAUUGGUGCAAGAUCCCCUGUUUUCCACAGCAUGUUCUCUCAUAACUUGAAGGAGAGAGAAAUGUCUUCCAUAGAUAUACCUGACAUUUCAAUCGAAGCUUGCCGAGCUUUUCUCAAUUACAUAUAUGGGAACAUUGAACAUGAAGAUUUUCUCAAGCACCGGCUGGCACUAGUUCGUGCAGCUGAUAAAUAUGAUAUUUCCGACUUAAAAGAGGCUUGCCAUGAGAGUCUUGUAGAAGACAUUGAUGCAAAAAAUGUACUUGAGAGACUUCAGAAUGCAUAUCUAUAUGAAUUGCCCAAAUUGAAGACCAGCUGCAUGCGAUAUCUUGUGAGGUUUGGUAAGAUAUAUGACAUACAAGAAGAUUUCAAUUCUUUAUUGCAGUGUGCAGAUAGGGACCUGAUAGCUGAUAUCUUCCAUGAAGUUCUAGAUGCCUGGAAAGGUUUCUGAAACCCUGCCUGCCAACAAAAGAUAAGGAGAAGAACAAGCGUGUUAAGUCUGUGUAUUUAGUUGUUGGAAAAAUCUGGAGUGGAUGGAAUUAAUUAUACAUAUAAGGAGUGUUUUAACUCGAUGAGAGAUGAACACAUUCUUAAGUAUUAUUCAUAAAAUGAAAUGCAAUUAAUUUGUUAGAUUUAAAGAUGUUCUGAUUAUUUUAGAA